GCACGCGUGUUGCCCUUUGCCCCUUCCACAGCGUUCUUCCAUUGCGGCCCGUCGGUGAGCGGAACCAUUCUCCACUAACUGGGGGGGGAGAAAGUGGGAAAAUAUGCCUUCGGAGGGUUGGAGGAAGUACCCUGCUUGCGCACACGGAGCCUCUCCCUUAGUAAAAUACUAUUUAAGUCUGAGAAAACUCUCGUUGGUUUUGUUACUAAGGAAAAAAAUAAGCCCUGUCCAGACUGGCAGCCUGUCGCUUUCCCCCCGCUGGUCACUGGUUUAUCCCAAGAGGAAGGCCGCAGCUCCGCGGUGCUGAGGGCCGGUCCACGUGAGAGUUCGCAGGGCCGGGGGCGCCGGUAGCGGCUUUUCCCCUCCCCCCUGCCAUCGCGCCAUGCCUCACAGGAAAAAGAAACCCUUCAUAGACAAGAAGAAAGCGGUAACGUUUCACUUAGUGCACAGAAGUCAGAGGGAUCCACUUGCUGCUGAUGACACUGCACCCCAGAGAGUUCUGCUUCCCACACAGAAAGGCCAUGAGGAGCAAAGGAGGGAAGAGCAGCGGAAGUAUGGAGUCUUCUUUGAUGAUGACUAUGACUAUUUGCAACAUCUGAAAGAAGCCUCUGGUCCCUCUGAGCUUGUCCCUUCUCUGCGUGGACAGCAAAGCAGAAUUGUUGUCACAAGUGAGGGGCAUAUAGAAGAUGAAAUUCAGCGAGUUCCAGCUCCAUCUAUUAAGUUGCCUUCUUCAGUAUUUGCCACAGAGUUUGAAGAGGUUGUGGGCUUGUUGAAUAAAGCUGCUCCUGUUUCAGGACCACGGCUAGAUUUUGAUCCUGAUAUUGUUGCAGCUCUCGAUGAUGAUUUUGACUUUGACAAUCCAGAAAAUAUCCUGGAAGAUGAUUUUGUUCUGCAAGCAAAUGAACCACAGAAAGGGGGAUCAGAUGCUGAGGAUGAAGAUGAGUGGGAAGAUGUGGACGAUGACAGUGAUGAAAAGGAUAGUUGCAGUAAUGGUAACAACUAUGAUUCAGAUGGUCCUUUAUCAGAUGAUGGGUUUAAUGGACAGACAAAAGAAUUUCUUUUUAUGCAAGAAGAAACCAGGAGUCGUUUCACUGAAUAUUCUAUGACAUCUUCAGUAAUGAGAAGGAAUGAGCAGCUAACCUUGUUGGAUGACAGAUUUGAGAAGUUUUUUGAACAAUUUGAUGAAGAUGAAAUUGGAGCCUUGGACAACGUGGAAUUAGAAGGUUAUAUUAACACAGACAAUGCUCGGCUGCAGGAGGUUCUGAACGAUUACUUCAAAGAGAAAGCAAAGGAUUGUGUGAAAUUGGAUGCUCUUGAACCCUGUGAAGAUGUAGACUCUCCUGUGGAUGAAGAAAGUGAAGAAGAAAAGGAAGAAAUCGUAACUGUAGUUAUUGAGGAACCAAAAGAAAAGUGGGAUUGUGAAUCCAUUUUGAGUACAUAUUCAAACUUAUAUAAUCACCCAACACUUAUUAAGGAGCCAUCAAAGCCCAAACCAAUAAAAAUUUCCCAGAAGACCGGAAUUCCCCUACACAUCUUGCCUCAGAAGGGUCUUACUGCUAAGCAGAUUGAACGCAUGCAAAUGAUCAACAGCAGUGACCUGCCAAAAGCAUCAACACAGCCCCGUUCCAAAGAUGAGAGCAAAGAGGAUCGCAAGGCUAGAAAACAGGCAAUAAAAGAGGAGCGAAAGGAACGCAGGAUGGAGAAGAAAGCCAACAAGCUAGCCUUCAAAGUGGAGAAAACAAGGCAAGAAAAAGAGCUGCUCAAUCUGAAACAAAACGUUCAAGGACUGAAACUGUCUUGACGAAGCUGAAGAACUUACUGUGGAAACCUCCUUAAGUUUUCAUUUGUACUGAGAGGGGAACUGCUAACUCACAGCUUUGCCAGUCCUGCUCAGUGGGGCUUAUUCAGAUGUUACUGUUAAAAGAACCAGUAACUUGUCAUCCUUUCUGAAAUGAGGUUAUACAUAAAACAGUGUUAUUAGUGAUGUCUAUUCUGUCACGAGUGACGUAGCAACUGUUGGAAAGUUUCAUUAGAGUAGGAAUGUAUUACAAUUUAAAAAAAUAUUUUUCUUACAAGCUGUCAGUGGACAAAGUUUUAUAUAUAUAUUUGUUGAAUGUAUUCAACAAGUCAGCAGAAUCCUACAGAUUUGAUCUGAUUAGAUUAUUCUAUUAAAUUAUUUCAGUUUACAAAACA